AUGAUGGAUAUUAGCAGUGAGUACGAAAGACCAAGUGCUUUCUUCGACUCUUUGAGCGUCGACGCGUUGAACCAAUUCCUUCGUCGCUGGCUGGGAUCCAGCAUCAAGGACGCGGGGCUCCGUGUGUCCCUUUCUAGGGCUCGCCGUUCUUUGUUCGUCAAGGAAAACCGUAUCGAUGACAUCAACGAAGCUAUCGUCCUUGCGCAGCUAGCGGUAGACAAUACACCUGAUCAUCACCCCAAACUUAGGUCACGAAAACAAGAAGUACUCCAGUUCAUGGCUCAAAGGUUCUGCACAACAUGGUCACAAGAGCAUUGCGAUGAAUAUGUAUCCACUGCCAUGAAUGUCAAAGGCUCUCGUGAAUUGGUUACCGAGAUGUCCAGCCUUUCUAACGAUCCGGGCGAAUCUUUUUUAGCAUCCCGAAUGCACGAAAUCCUUUACAAUCAGAAUUAUGCUACGGACGACCUUAAUAGAUCCAUUGCCUUCGCGAGAGAUGCGGUGCGCAAGACGUCCAGCGAGCAUCUUAAGCGAGGCUACAUAAUGACCCACCUAUCUGCAUGUUUACAAGCAUCGUUCGAUAAGAAGAACGAGUGGGAGGUGAUAAAGGAAGCCUUAUCCUUGGCACAUGCUGCGCUUGAGCUCACGCCCAAAGGCCAUCCAGACCGACCAAGGUGCCUAGGCACGCUAGCAGCUUGGUGCCACACAUACUAUCGUAUCGAUGAAGAUUCAGAACCGAACAUAGAAGAACUAAACAUAGCUGUGAACUUAGCUAAGGAAUCCGUCGCCACUAUUUCCCAAGAUGAUGACAAUACGCCAGCCCGGUUGACCGGCUUGGCUGAAAUACUAUUGAGUCGGGUUGACUUGACUGGAUCGCGAAAAGACUUAGAGGAGGCUAUUGAAAAUGCCGAACGAGCUACGUCAAUCAGCCCCCCUGAUACCUCUAGCGCAUUCUUCCAACUGGCUCGAGCCCGGUUCAAACUUUACGAGAAGACAGAGAAUUUCCAGGACCUACAAGCCGCCGUGGAGAAAGGCCGAGAAGCAGUCAAAGAUAUUCCGCAAAAUCAUCCGGAUUACGUAGUUAGGGCGAUAGGACUAACUAAGUAUCUCCACUGCCUAUCCGAGUGGACUCAGCAACUAGGUCCAAUACAAGAAGCAUUCGAUCUAGCCAUUGCUGUGAUAAACAUCACGCCCAAAACAAGCGCAGGAUAUCCCUAUCAUGUACUUUGCUUGGCGUUAUUUUCAUUAGGGCGUGCAAAGAUUAAUGGAUCCCUCGAAGACACAGAGAACACCAUCAAAAGCCUCAAAGAGUUGCUGGGCGAGUUACCUCCUGGUCACCACCUACAAAGCGACUGCUUGGCCAACUUAUCAACCGCUUACCGGCAGCUAUUCGAAAACCAAGGGGAUUUGAGCGAAGCGAAGUACUUGGACGAGGCCGUCGAUUAUGCUAGAUCCGCUUUAUCGAUAUCAUCAACUAAGGGCCUCCCGUCAAACUCAAAUGCUACUAUACUGGCGGGUUGUCUUUCGGCUCGCUUUGUGAAAGGCAAAAACCCAGAAGAUAUAGAAGAGGCCAUCAGAUUAGUACGAGGAGCCAUAUCUACUACCUCUCAUACUGUUGAAAAUGUACGCAAUCACAUAAACUGUAUCAAUCUCGCUGCAUACCUACAAAAAAAGGCGGAAGCUACGGGGAAGAAUGAUGAUCUCGAUGAGGCGAUCAAAGAGUCAAAGAGAUUAUUGGAUAAUAUCCCAGCCGAAUAUUCCUCUCGAUUUGCGCUUGAGGACAACCUAGCUAGCUCUCUACUUCGUCGAAAUAAGAGCAAACAGGAUCAAGAAGCUGCCAUUGCUUUAAGAACCAAAGUCGCCAAUUCAAGCGAAGUGCCAUGCCACUAUCGGAUUCGGAGUGCGCUGUUGGCAUCUGAGGCGAUAGUUGAAUUACCAAAUGAACCCUUCCAGAGGACAUGGACCAGAAUAUAUGACCUCAUGGAAAAAUGUGUCAAACUCCUGCCCCAACUUAGCCGCCCUACGCUAGCUGCAUCGGCAGCUUUGCUUGCGGAUAAAGGCCCGGUUCGUGCUUUGGAGCUUCUUGAACAGAGCCGGGGUAUCCUAGCUGAUUUACGAUGGGGUGCCCGCACUGAUUUAUCGCGCCUAAAUGAACUACAUCCCCAGUUGGCCGGGGACUUCAAGAAGCUUCAAGAAGAACUUGACACCCCCUCCGUAAACUUUAUGGCACAGUCUAUUGCCCAAGUAAACGAGCGUCGUGUGGCGGGUCAGAAAUUUGAGGAAAUUCUCAGUACAAUCCGUGGCCAGGAGGGCUUCGGGCAGUUUCUACUACCCCCCCCCCCCCCCCGAGGAGAAGAGCUGAAGGCUGCGGCGUCUAACGGCCCUGUCAUCGUUAUAAACGUAAGCCAAAUAAAGUGCGAUGCUUUUAUCAUCGAACGGUCAGGUAUCCGGACGCUCCAUCUCGAGAGUUUGAAGUACGAAGAAAUCGAAAAGUACGUCAAAAUCAUAACGUCGAUCAGGAAAGAUUCCGCGAGGACUCCUUCGCGCGGCAAGCCCUUAGAAAUAUUAGAGUGGCUGUGGGACACGACGGUCGGCCCAGUUCUAAAUUACCUAUCAUUGACUAAGCCAAUACCCGAGGGUAAACCACUGCCCCGAGUUUGGUGGGUUCCAACAGAUAUUCUGAGCUUUCUACCCCUUCAUGCUGCUGGUUAUCAUAGACCAAAUGCCCAAGGAAGGAGGAACACGGCGAUGGAUAGUGUGGUGUCAUCUUACAGUCCGUCUGUGAAAGCAUUGUUGCACAUACGCUCUACGUAUGCUAGUAGCGAUCUUCCUAAUCCCCACUUCGCCGCAAAUAAGGCUUUGCUCAACUCAAUGGCAGUAACUCCAGGAGGCUACUCUGAUCUUAGGUUUGCUGAAGAGGAAGCUGAAGGGGCGUAUGAAAUUCUACGACCUCACAUUACAUCGCUACAUAUCAGAACUCCGAUGAAAGACGAUAUCAUGGGUAUUCUUAAAACUUUUACCAUAUGGCAUUUCGCUGGUCAUGGAGAGCCCUGCACCAGCGACCCAUCCAAAAGCGCCCUUCUACUAAAGGAUGGCGAAGAAAACCCGCUAACCUUCACGGACUUGGUCAGUCUGAAAUCGCAAUCUACGGAGACGUGGUUGGCAUACUUGUCAGCUUGCUCGACAGGGGAUAAUCCAGUCACAAAACUCCAAAAUGAAACGGUACACCUCAUUAGUGCCUGUCAGCUUGCGGGGUUUCGACACGCUAUAGGAUCACUAUGGGAAGUUUCAGAUCAGUAUUCUGCUGAUGUGGCUAAAACCUUUUACGCUGCGAUUAUAAAUGAUGGUCGCCUCAGCGAUAAUGGAAUCGCAUAUGCUCUUCAUGCAGCAACCAAGGCUCUACGGGAUACUUUCAUCCAGGCUGGGAAGGAGAGGAGGAAGGAGAAGGAGAGGGAGAGGAAGGCUCAGAUAUACGAACAGAAGAUUCCGCCAGCGACGGAAGAUGUGGAAGAGGACAUGGAAGGCCUCGAGGGCGACCCGUUUGUUUGGGCUGCCUAUAUGCACGUCGGCCCUUGAAGAGAUUCAAAGUUGUGGACUUGGAAACAUACGUACCUACUUAGUACCUAUUUCUAGACGAAUUGAGUAUUCCCUUUGUUUCAUGAUUAG